AUGGCGACAGAGGACAUGGACGAUCGAUAUUUCAUCUACGAGAACCGCCUGGCUUCGUUCCAGGGACCACAGCCAGUUGCCAAGCGGAGAGGAUCCAACGCGCACUCGCGAGCUCCCAAGGCACUGCAGUGGCCUCACAAGAACCUCGCUGCAUCCGACCUUGUUGAGGCCGGCUGGAAGUACACCCCCACCAUGGACUCCGAUGACAACACGACUUGCACGUACUGCCAAUUAGCCCUCGACGGAUGGGAGGCUGGCGAUAAGCCUAUGGACGAGCAUUACAAGCGCUCUCCCAAUUGCCCCUUCUUCGGCCUCAUCAACUCGAACCCAGCACCUAAGAAAGCCGGGCGCAGUAAGGCAGCUAGAAGCUCCAAGGCGUCCAGGUUGUCAAUUCAGUCCGUUGCUACGGCGAUGUCAGACAUCACCUCCAUUGCAGACUUACCAGCAGACGCCGACGAUUCGAUCCUGACUACUACAUCAACCAUGACUCAAGGUGGGAAGAAGGCCAAGGGCCGAAAGCCGGCUGCCGCAAAGGGCAGAAAAACGCGUGCCAAGAAAGACGAGACGGUAGAGAUCCAUGAAGACGAGCAGGUAGAUGAAGUCGAGAAGCCUCAGCCACCGGCAAAGGCUAGUCGGGGCCGAAAGCGAACCAGCGAUGAGGUUGAGCAGUCCAUCUUGACCAACGUAGAAGCCCCUGCCCCGAAGCGACGCAACACGAAGGCUAGAGGCAGCAAUGCUGGCGAUACAUCUGUCCUCACAGUUGACAAUCACCAUGACGUCGAAAUGGUCGAUGCCCCAGCACCUACGAAGAAGUCUGCAGGACGCAAGAAGGCAACAGCAACAAAGGGUCGACCAAGGAAAGCGUCCGCCGCUUCCAUUGCAUCUACUGCAUCCACAGCUUCGCUACGAGGGAGAUUGCCCAAUGACGAUGAGCUAGACCGUCAACUCGAAGCUGAUCUCGAUCGACCUCUUUCAGACGACGAGGACAUUCUGGCUGAUUCGGACUCCGAGCGACGAAAUGCUCAGCUUGCCACAAAGAUGAAAGGCAAGAAGGUGACAAUCGGCAAGAGCGCGAAACAGGGCCAGACAGAAAGCACAGACUUCGCAAUGUUCGACCCUGCUCCAGCAGAUCCAGACGAUGCCGCCGUAGAUGCAGAGCUCAAGAUGCUUGAGGCAGAAAUGGCAGUCGAGGAUGAGGUUGAGACGUUGAAGGUGCCCAAGAAGGGCCGUAAAGCCGGCACUAGAAAGGUAUCGAAGCAGACCAAGAAAGCCAAGGUGCCUGCUCCUCCUUCCGAGCCCGACGAGCUGGAAGAGCCUGCUCCAGCUCCUAAACUGCCGAGAAAGUCGAAUGAUGUUGAGACACAAGAUGUCGGUACCGCCAACACUGACACGACUGUCAAGAAGAAACGAGGACGCCCGUCAAAGAAGUCAACUUCAUCCCAGGCAGAAGUAGACCAGCCAACGACCAGUGCCAACAGCAAGCGCAUCGCGCUGGCGCCUAUGCCUGUUGCUGCAACACCGAUGCGUAAUGGUUCUCCGUCUAAGCGACAGAACGUGAUCGGCGGUCUGCAGACCACGGCACCGUGGACAGCUGUUGACCUAGAUUUGGUUUUUGAAAACAAGGAGAAUGCUCAUGGGGCCUCCGCAGAACGAUUCUUCAGUCAGGGCGGAGACCUUAGCAGUCCGGAGAAGAGGAUGACGGUCGAGGAGUGGAUCUACUACAAUGCUGGCCAAGCCGAGCAGAAGCUCAAGCAUGAGUGCGAGACAAUGGUCACUGCAUUCGAGAAGGAGGGAACGAGAGCCAUGCAGGCGCUUGAAGGCUUGGUUGUCGAGUAA